AUGGGUGUUGGAGCGGUGCUGGAGCCACUAGUGGUCAUUGUGCUACUGUUUGGAGGCACAUGGAUCAAUCGCGCAACUGGAGCAAACGCUCACCGUCACUAUGCUCGCCGGAAAUCUGCGGAUUUGGUGCGGGCUGCCUCACCUGAUUCCCUCGAGUCCGGAUACUCGAGUCCUACAACAAAGGAUGGGCUUCUUAUCCCGCGUUCCCGGUCUCCCUUGCAUAUCCCUGAUGGAUGGCACAAACGACAGGUGGGAAUAUUUGGGUUGACCUUUGAGGUGUCAUCGCCAAAUACUGCUAUUUUCCAAGAUCGCUUGCUCAGUCGUCUACUGCGGAAGCUUCCUUUCUUGGUGGAAUGCUGGUACUGGGCCUUGGUUUACUGGACAUACCAGCUUGGCCGAGCCUUUACCGCCGUGACCCUCAAGGACGAUACUGUCGAUGUUGCGAGACGACAUGCCCUACAGCUUAUCAAGAUCGAGCAGCGCCUAGGUAUAUUUAUGGAAACCGUGAUCCAGAGGAACUUCUUGCUCCAUCCUCGUGCAAUGACUUGGAUAAAUUGGAUAUAUUCAUUCAUCCACAUUCCCGGAACCAUCGCUUUUCUCGUCUGGCUUUAUUACUUCACCACUACGCGGAAUCGGAUUGACGAGACUCAGGCAGGAAAGCCGAGAGGUGCCGUGAGCGGGUCACCCGCGGGUCCCCUUCUAUACCAAGCACGUCGGCGUACACUGGCGGUGUGCAACCUGCUUGCCUUUGUGGUGUUCACUCUGUGGCCUUGCAUGCCGCCCAGAUUACUAAGUGACACGAACAUCGGGGGACAGGAGGGUGAGUUGGCUCGCAGUUAUGGCUUUGUGGACACUGUGCAUGGUACCAAUGGAGCGGGCAGUGUGUGGACAGAAAACCGUUUUUGUAAUCAAUAUGCGGCCAUGCCAUCCUUGCACUUUGGUUAUUCUCUCAUGAUCGGUCUCACCAUCAUGACAAUUCCUCUGCCGCAGCAACGCCGAACAGUACUGCGGAUUCGCCUUACCCGAGUAAGGCUGACUCUCCCAUCCUGGCGUCGCCUGAUGUGUCUGGUGCUUGGAUUUUGCUAUCCAUUCAUCAUCCUGGUAGCCAUUGUUGCCACAGCCAACCAUUUCAUUCUGGAUGCAGUCGCCGGAGCCCUAGUCUGUGCACUGGGCUGGCGAUUCAAUGGAAUCCUGCUGAACUUGUUGCCGCUGGAAGACUACUUCCUAUGGCUUGUUCGUAUCCACAAACCCGAGCCAUCGCUUGUCACUGUCAACCCUGAAAGCGUGGAUAGCCAGUCUUCUAACGAGGGGCUAUUGAGCCAUGCUGUCCUCUCAUAA